AAGUCGGCAUUGUUGUGCGAAUUAGGGUUUUACAUCUCCCAAGAUCAUUUGUCGGUUGAUUCCAUACGAUCUCCAAGUCUUGUCGUUGCAGAAUCUCUAAGAAGCUAACGAAAAUGGUCCUUCAAAACGAUAUUGAUCUGCUUAACCCUCCUGCUGAGCUCGAGAAGAGGAAGCACAAGCUCAAGCGUCUUGUUCAAUCACCCAAUUCGUUUUUCAUGGAUGUCAAGUGUCAAGGCUGCUUUAACAUUACGACUGUGUUCAGCCACUCUCAGACCGUUGUGAUGUGUGGAAACUGCCAGACUUUGCUCUGCACACCCACAGGAGGGAAGGCAAAGCUCACUGAAGGAUGCUCUUUCAGGAAAAAGUGAGACUGAAGAAGAAGAUAUGACUCCAUUCCAUUCACUCACCCACAAAUUUUCUUUUCGUUUAUUAUGAAUUUUUGUUGAUAUUUGAGCUAGUAGUAACCCUUCUUUGUCGAUUAUCCUUUGUUUUAAUCAGCGAAGCUCGUUCCUCUUUUAUGAAUGGUUAUGUAUUUUCUUGAAUAUUCAUGACAAUCCAUAGACGAUCUUCGGAGUUUCCACUCGCAGUAGUGAAAAACCAUCAAAAGUCAAAUCCAAAAGUUUCGAUGAUUUCAUAACCGCGCGUUCAUAGUCAAUGCAUAUAAAAUCCUAAAUAACAACAAAAGAAAACCAAAGAAGAGAUCUCUAGCUCCAACAAUGUACACAGCAGAAUUUUUUAUGUGAAACCCGAGCUUCCACGAUGACGACGAAUAUCAAGAAGAAGCGGAAACUCUAACAGAAAGCACCAAGACAUCAUAAUCUCUCUGAGAUGUGUAGAAGCCGAAGCAGAAGCAAACCUGAUGGAUCAAACCCCGAGAUUCUAGAUCUUCCAAUUAGUAGGAUUCGUGCAAAUUUUGCGAUUCCAGAAUUUCAAUUUCGGAUCGAGAACUGUCUUCCAGAGAGACGAAAACAAACAAGGAUAAGGGUAUUGGCGUAGAAUAGGAAGUUCUCGUUUUAUAUUGGGCUUCAAAUUUAGGCCCAUC